AUGUCAUUUAGUUCUGUAUUCAAUCUUAUCCGUAAGGCAAGUUACAAAAAAUCACCAUCUCCUCCACCCGCCACAAAAGAAGAGAUAGUAGAAGUUUCAUAUAAAACUGAAAUAGAAGAGACCUCGCAAUCUCGGGCAGCCCAAAUUCGACCUUUGGCAGAUUCCCCUAUAUCCUCAGGCUGCUCCUCUGCAAAUGAUUCCGAUUUUGAAUCCUCUAUAAGCUCAGAAGAAGACUUUUCAGAAUUAACAGGAGAAUUCAAAAAAGCUCAACCCCAACAGGCAACAAAUAGCGUUGGAUUAACGUUCGAUGCCUUCAUAGCAAAAAUUGAUCAUAAAAACGAAGAUUCCAUUUCAACUGUAAAUUUUAUAUAGGACACAACUAAUAGUAUAGAAAAAAGGCCAAAAAAGACAGAAAAUUAUAAAAAAGCUGAAAUUGAGCAGCUGAGGCAACUUGCGCUUGAAAAGGAAAGAAAAAUAGAAAAAAGAAAGAAAUCUGCAGUUAGAAUUCAGGCAUGAUUUAGAGGGAUAAGAGGUAGAAAAAGGUAUAAAAUUCUCAAGGAAAAUUGGAUAAGAGAAGAAAGGGAGAGAAAGCUAGCUAAAAUAUGUGAUAAAAUAAAAAGAAAAACUGCAGCACUUAAGAUUACUAGAGCAAUAAGAGAGUUUUCUCAAAGAAAUAUUCAGAUGAAAGAAGAAAUAAUGAAUAAAUUUAAACAGCACUGUGCAGGGAUAAUACAGCAAGCAUGAAGAAGCUAUAAACGGAAUAAAGCAAAUAUUAUAAUGCAAAAAGUGAAAAAAGAAAAAUUAAAAGGAAUUGUCAAAGGAUGGAAGCUGAGAAGGAUCCUUAAAACCCCUGAUAUAGCAUUACUCAUAGAACAAAUUAAGACUAGUACAGAAAAUCUCGUAUUAAAACAAGAUUUAAUCAGCUCAGUCGCUUUGGCUUUUGCUAGUCCAUCUUGAGGAAUACAUAAAAAAGCAGCACCCAAGCCAUUUUUGAGAAAAAGUGUCACAAAUUCAAAAACAAGGCAGCCUUUACAGAGAGGGAAGUUAUCAUUAAAUAGUAAACAAAGUAUCCGCUCACAGAGAACACCAGCAAUUCAAAACCCAAUAUCAUUUCCUUUAGAAGAGACAAGCCACUAUGAAAGUUCAGCUGAAGAAUCAAGCGUUAACCCAGUUUCCUCCAAAGAUCCUACUAUCAGCGAGGUAAAAUUUUUAUCACCGCCUCCUUCAAGUCAUAGCAAUCUUAUAUUAGCAAAGCCACCCAAACCUUUUUCUCAGGAGAUUAGAUUAGAUUUAAAAUUUAUAGGGGUCGUUGGGGUUUAUUUCAGCUCUCUCUCCGUCCUACGGUAGCUUCACGUUGGCGCUAAGCGCUAUCCUCACACCACCUUUUUCCAUCUGACGUCCCCCAAAAAUGGUGAUGUCAGAGGUCUGUCGGGGAGACACCCCUACUGAUCGGCUUCGCCUUUCUUGGUCCCAAAGUUCAGCAAAAAUACUCCCUUAACCUCUGACAGGGCUCAGAGUAUGGGUGAAUCGUCUUUGCCUCCUCCAUGGCCUGUCAGAGCCCUAUUGCAGACUCAAGAAUUGCUUCCAUGGAGUAGUAUCGGGACUUUGCGCCAGUAGGGACUUCUGCAGGUAAGGAAAAAAGAUCUAGCUCCCCCCCUCCGUGAGUGAACAAAAAAAAUUUUGUUCACUCACGGAGGGGGGUUAAUUUUUUUUGUUUUUUUUAAAAAAAAUUUAUGUAUAAAUUUUGUAGAAAAAAUUUUUUUCGAAAUUUUAAAAAUCCUAAUUGCAAAAAUUGGAAAGCAAAUAUUAAGUUAAUUUAUAAAAUUUAUGUUUUAAAAACGCAAUUUGUUUAAAAUUAAACAGAAUUAGCUCGAGAUUUCAUUAUACUAAUUAUCACUUAUAUAUCAAAAUUUUUUUCCAUAAAACAUUUUUCUAUUAAAAAAAUUUUUGAUCACUCACGGAGGGUGGGUUUUUGGGCAAAAAAUAGGGAUUUUUAUAAUGGUUUUGUUCACUCACGGAGGGGUGAGUAAGGUUAUCCCUUAGACCAAAAACCCACCCCGAGAGAACGAGAACUAUCGCCAUGUGGCUUGCCUUUCCUGGCCCGAUCAACUCACUGGCUGUCAGGAGUCCACGUCAGAUCACGCCAUUUUAAUAAUUCUCUUUCUCAGGAGAAGAUCUGAAAGAGUCAAUAUGCAAAAAAUAAACUGAAAUACUGUUGAAUCUAAGCUUGACUGCUGAAUUGACCCUAAAAAAGCAGAAUCCAAGGCUGAAGAUACACAAAGCAACACAGGAAGGUCAGAAAGAGGAACUUCUAUACAGCCUCCAAGUAGGAGCAAUUCAAAUAUAUCAAGGCAUUCAAGAAAUUCUUCACUGAAUAUUUCGAAAUCUCCUAUUGUCAUUGUAGAAGCCAUAAGAAAAAAUUCUUUUGAUGAUUUUUUGCUGGUAGAAAAUAAGGUAAAACAGUCUUGUAAAUUAUUAUUCAAAGCUAAAACUCGAGUUAGGACGAAACCUGAUAAAGUUAAGAGGAAAAAUAUGAAGUUGGCAGAGUUAGAAGAGCAAUACGAAAAAGAUAUGAGCGGAUUCAAGAAGCAUAGCCCUCAAACUCUUGAAGACUCAAAAAUAUUCUUUUCCAUAUAGAUUAGAUAUAUAAUAAAUAUAAUAAUAUAUUUAACAUAAAACAUUAAUCUCUACUAAAAAGCAUACCAAUUAUAUAUAGUGAAUCAAUAUUUUUACAGUGUGUUAGUGUCCAGUCUGAAUUAAAGAGGCUUAAAGAAGAAUACAACCUCCUUUGUGAUUCCUAUUAA